AGAUGUCAAAGCUAAUAAGCCUUUUCUUUCCUUGCAUUCUCUAAAUAAAGAAUUGUCUUUGCUAUGGCAUUUUCUUCCAACUUUGCUUUUUCAGUGAACCGGUGUAAGCCUGAACUGGUGGUUCCGGCAAAGCCGACACCACGUGAAAUAAAGAAACUCUCCGAUAUUGAUGAUCAAGAAGGCUUUCGGUUUCAAGUUCCGAUAAUGUUUUUCUAUAAAAACAAUCCUUCAAUGAAAGGGAUAAAUCCAGCUGAAGUCAUUCGAGAAGGACUUGCGAAAACGCUGGUAUAUUACUAUCCCUUUGCUGGGAGGAUUAUGGAAGGAGACAACAGAAAACUUAUGGUUGAUUGCAAUGGCGAAGGCGUGUUGUUCGUUGAGGCUGAUGCAUGUAUCAUGCUUGAGCAGCUUGGGGAUAACAUACUCCCUCCAUGUCCGUUAAUGGAAGAGUUUCUGCACGAUGUACCUGGCACUGGAGGGAUCAUUGGCUGCCCUCUUUUGUUGAUUCAAGUAACCAGAUUCAUCUGUGGUGGAUUUGCUUUGGGAAUUCGAAUGAACCACACUAUGGCGGAUGGUUAUGGGAUGAUGCAAUUUCUAAGUUCUAUUUCUGAAUUAAUGAAAGGUGCAUCUGCACCUUCUAUUUCACCUGUAUGGCAAAGAGAACAAUAUUUAAAUGCAAGAUCUCCCGCAAGAAUUACAUGCAUACACCAUGAAUAUGAGCAAAUACCACAAUCCACAGACUUUAUGGAUUCGGACAAGCUAUUUCGGACUGCCAUUUUCUUUACUCCUAAGGUUAUACAAGCACUUUAUAAUCAUUUGUCCUUGUCGGGAAGUUCUCAAAGGUGCUCAAGAUUUGAUCUCAUAAUAGCGUGCUUAUGGAAAUGUCGUACGAAUACACUGAAUCCAUCUGACCAAGAUUUGUAUGGUGGAGUUGCUUCGGCCACUUCAAAUAUUAGUUUUUGUACGAAUUUCAAGAACAGUAAGGGAGAAGAUGGAGUUGUGGUACCGAUAUGCUUGCCACCAUUGGCUGUGGAAAAAUUCAAAUAUGAGCUAGAAAAGAUUACUUGUGAACCACUCUGCAGAAUUUCAGUGUUAGUGUUAAACACUUUAUUGUAUAAGAAUUGUUUCUUUAACCAUUUGUUUAAUAUCGGCUUGACAAAUGAUGUUAUGGGCCUCGAGAAUAGAAUUGUAGUUGUACUACAUCAGUCCCCUCUACUUGAAGGAAAACUCGUCCUCGAGUUUUGUGUUUGCAAGGAAAAUUCGUCUGGAGGAAAGUAUUCAUAG